UUAGCCAGGGACAGAGCCAUGCUAGGGUAGCUAACGUAACAAACGAGCAAGCUGCAAUUUGGUUGCAAAGACGGCUGUAGAAGGAUUUGCCAACUGGCGUUAACUGUUGUAGUUCUGUUUCUGACUAUCUAGCAAACAGACUUUGUUCAAAAUAGUGAUCGGUUAUCAUGCUAACGUUUACUUUCAGCCUGUCACUUAACUUGGCUGAAUCGUUUGUUAUUUAUCUUAACUGAGCUGAAACGCAGAAAUAGCAUGGAUCCAGACAAUGGAGCAGACCGUGCUCUCAGUCUGCAAUGGAAGAGCUACAAGCUUCUUCAGGACCCAACCAUAAGGAGGGUUGCCCAGAAAAUCUACAGAUACGAUGGAAUUCACUUCAGCGUUCCAGAUUCAGGUUUCCCACCGGUUGGGGAGUUACGUGACCCCAGACCACGCCGGAUCUGGUCUAGACACACUGAUAUGGUGCUGCCAUUGCCCAAAUUUAAGCUGGAUGAAUACUAUGUGGGGCCCAUCCCACUUAAGGAGGUGACUUUUGCUCGUCUCAAUGACAACAUCAAGGAGCCCUUUUUGGCGGAGAUGUGUGCCAAGUUUGGUGAGGUGGAGGAGAUGGAAAUCCUGUUCCAUCCGAAGACCAGGAAGCAUCUUGGCCUAGCAAGGGUGCUGUUUACCAGCACUAGGGGAGCAAAGGAUACAGUCAAGCACCUGCACAACACCUCGGUCAUGGGCAACAUUGUCCAUGUUCAGCUUGACAUAAAAGGCCAGCAGAGAAUGAAGUACUAUGAUCUGAUAGUGAAUGGCUCCUACACCCCACAAACAGUACCCACUGGAGGAAAGGCCUUGACUGAGAGGUUCCAGCCUCCUGCCCCUACCCAGCCAGACACGUCCUCAGAUAUUAGGCGGCGGCUUUCAACAGAACAGUUGACAAUGCCCGCUGGCAUACCCCCUGUUACGUCCGGUAGCACCACACCGUGUUCUGCGGAUACAGGCUUUGGUGAUCAGCGUCUGGACAACACCCCCUCUUCCUUGGGUGGGCCCUACACCCCAGGUUCCACAUCCUCCCAGGGUGGGGGGACUCCCUACACCCCUCGCUCAGGGACCCCUUUCUCCCAGGAUUCCGGCUAUGCCGUUGGAAGGCACGGUGGUUUCAGUGCUGGUCCUAUGGGAAGCGGCUACCCUCCGCAGGACAUCCUGCCCUCGUCCUCCUGUUCCUCCUCAGCAGUCUCCUCCUCGUCAUCACUGGGCGGCUUCAAGGGCUCCCGUUACCACGACGACCCCCACAUGCCCCCCCAGGAGCCCCCCAUGUUCCACCGAGGUCGCCCCGGCUACCCACCGCCCUCUGCUCCCUUCCGACCCAACGAGCCCCCUUGUUACCCACCUUUCGCCAACCCCGGCGCCCAUCACAUGCCGCUUCACCCGCCCAUGCCACCUCCCUCGCAAGUCCCCCAGUACGAGCAGCAGCCGCCCAUGUUGGACCGGGACAGGGACAGAGACAGGGGUCUGGGGCGGGACAGGGACCGAGAUCGGGACCGCGAGAGGGACCGAGACAGAGACUCGGCUGGACGCUACGGAGGCAUCAGCUCUCGCCGCGGCUCCUACCACCACCAGCAGGAGGCCACCGCCGCCACCUCCUCUUCGGCCUCCUCGGCCUCCUCCUUGGGUAAGUCCUCCCAUCAUUCCCACCACUCGCACCACGGGCACCACGGAGAGCGGCGGGCCAGUGAGGACCGGGAGCGUGGUUACCGGCGCGACAGUGUGGGCUCGCGCUCAGGGGACCACGGUCACCAGAGGCAUCGCAACCACCACCACUCACACAACCACCACGGGGCCAGCCGCAGGCGGGACAGCCGGGACCGCGAGCGCGACUGGGAGCGCGAUGCUCCCGACUACGCCAGCAGUUCCGACCCGCGAUACGGUCACCCCAACUCCUCAGGGCACCACCGGUCCUCCAACAGCCUGUCGCCUCCCUACUCGUCGUCAUCGUCCUCCGGCUCGGCGUCUAAAGACCAUCUCCCACUACCCCACCACGAACCCUCCAGCUCCUCUCGCUUGGACCCCGCGUCCUCUCGUCUUGGGGACCGGGGCCUGGGCAGCUCGUCGGACGGUGACUUCCGGGCCGUUCCGCACCACACACCCCUGCCACCACCUCCUCCGCCUCCUCCCCCACCUUUGCCCCCGGCUUCGGUCAUAGCGGCCGCCGUGGCGGAGACUCUAGGCGCUCUGGACUUCGGUCAGGACAGUCCGGUGCGCGAGGAGCAAUGGACCAAACCCAAACGCCGUCCCAGCACACCGCCCAUCCCUCCCCGCUCCCCUCCCCCCUCCUCCCCUCUCCACCCGGCUGUGGCCUCUUCCUCCAGCUCGCCCUCCUCUACCUCUCUGCCUCACCACCUUCCUCCCUCCUCCUCCUCGGCGUCCCUCUCGCCCGCGCUGCCCCAGCGCGACUCCUCCUCCCCAGAGCCGGACUCCACCAACGAGAGCCUGCCGUUCAUGCACCACAGCAGCAGCCUGGACUCGCGUAUCGAGAUGCUCCUGAAGGAGCAGAAGGCCAAGUUCUCCUUCUUGGCCUCUGACGAAGAGGAAGAGGAGGGCGAGGAGAGGCCCAAGGGCUCGGGGGGUCAGCGAGACGCAGGGGGAGUGGGGACCGCACCCGGAGCGGAGGAGAGCAGGAGCAGGAAGUCCCGGGAGGAAGGCGGAGAGAGGGAGCGUCAGCGGAGGAGAGGAGAGACGGAUGAGACCCAUGCGCGGAGGAAAGGAGAGAGGGACAGAGAUGGGCGCAGGCACCGAGGCCGAAAGCAGGGUUCAGAGGAAGCAGAGGAGACGAGGAAGAGCCCUGCGGUGAUCGCCGCGGCAACACCUUCGUCGACGGCUCAGAGCACUGUCUCGGAGUCACCACUGGUCCAGAGUGGCCUCUCCAAUGCCUACAGGCAGGAAGAAUCUGUCGACAGCAAGAAGAAGGGGGCACAUACGCCACCCACCUACAACGGGCAAGCCCAGGCCUCCCCUCACUCCUCUGGGGAGGACAUGGAAAUCUCCGACGAGGAGGAGGAGAACCCCAUGGCCGCAGCCUCGGCCCUGUCGUCCUCCUCGUCCCCGACGGCCUCUUCGCAGUCGGCGCUGCCCCCUCAGACACCGGACCCCUCGUCAACCCCCCCGCCCUCCCUCUCGGACUCCGGCCAGCACUUCAGCUCGGCCAUGCCACCGCCCCCCAUCCCCUCCUACCCUCCUCACCUGCCCCCACCUCCCCCGCCGGGCUUCUCCCUGCAGCCCCCUCCCCCGCCGGGCAUCCCGCCGCCGAUGCCGCCCAUGGAGCUGCACCCGGAGUACCCGCCGCCACUGGGCCACCACCUGCCUUACGACUACGCCUCGUCCGUGGAGCUGAUGAGCCAGUACAGCGGCGGCGCGCCCAUGUCCUUCCAGAUGCAGACGCAGAUGCUCAGCCGCCUGCACCAGAUGCGCGCCACGGGGUCCUCCAAUGGCACGGCGGCCCCUCCGCCCGGCGAGGCGCCCCCACCAGGCGCCUCCUACCACCUGCACGGCAUGCCCCCGCCGCCGCCGCACCACCCCUACAUGGACCAAGAGGGUGCAGCUGGUGCCCACUACGACCAGGACCACCGUUAUAUGCCCCCUCACAUGCCCUACGCCUACCCGGACCCCCACACGGGCCAGCUGCCGCCUCCCCACCACCCCCACUCGCUGCCUCCGCCACCACCCUCGGCCUGGCCACCGCACGUGCUGCCCCAGCACUACCCCUCGCACUACCCGCCGCCGCCAUUCGGGGCGCUGAGCGGCGCGGAGGGGGAGCAGUACGUGGCGCCGGCUGACCCGCAGGUGCCCAUGCUGGGCCAGAGCCCGCACGAGGCCACGGUGCAGCUGGUUAUGGCCUCGCUCAUCCAGGAGAUGAAGAACAUCAUGCAGAGGGACCUCAAGCGCAAGAUGGUGGAGAACAUCGCCUUCGGCACCUUCGACGAGUGGUGGGAGCGCAAGGAGAGGAAGGCCAAGCCCUUCCAGACCCCCAUGCGAGGCGUGGCGGUGCGGGAGGAGGAGAAGAAGGAGGAGAAGCAGACCAGCAGCCGGCCAGUGCAGCCACUCAUGUCCCUGGUGGACUGGGCCAAGAGCGGCGGCAUGGAAGGCUUCGCCCUGCGGGGGGCGCUCCGACUGCCUUCCUUCAAGGUAAAAAGGAAAGAACCGCAAGAGCUGGGUGAUGGCGGAGAGAUGAAGAUCAAGCGACCCUCCACACCGCCUGAUGAGGAAGAUGAAGACUCUUACCAGGGUAAAGUUGCGGACGGUGCCGGUGGCCGAGGUGAUGGAGACGGCCGUGGCUCAGAGAGGGACAGCAGCAGACGGCGAAAGAAAAGGACGAAGAGCAGGAAGGGCUUUGACCUGGACAGUGAAGGAGAGGAGACGUCCGAGGGCUCCUCCUCUGACAAGGAAGAUGAGGACAGCGACAAGGAGGAUGAGUCAGAUGAUGAGGCAAUCAGUGGUGACAGUGAUGAUGAAAGCCUCUCCUCUUCCUCUGAAACGUCCUCUUCCUCAUCGCUAUCCUCGUCAUCAUCAUCAGAAGAUGAGGAAGAGGAGGAAGAGGGCGAGAGGGCUGGGGAGAGUGAAGGUCUGGACACCAUGGAUGAGUCCACCAUGGACAGCAUGGCACUGGACUCCGAGAAGGAGAAUGAGAGUGAUAGAGCACUUGUCAACCAAUCAGCUGCAGCUGCUGGCUCAGAGAUUAAAUCAGAAGUCACUCCAUUACCAAAGGACCAGCGGCCUCCCUCUCCACCUAUGCCUCCCCCUCGACCGUCCUCCCCAGUCCUCCUCCUCCCCCCGCUCAAAAAGCGCAGAAAGACCGUCUCUUUCUCCACGGACGAGUCCGACUUCAAGCCCCCCAGUGCCCCCCUGUCCCAGUCUGCCUCGGCCGCUGCCCCCCAGCCUGCCCCGCUCCUCCCGGUCAAAGCACAACCCCCCGAGCCCUCGGCCAGCGCCCCGGCCGCCACAGUCCCCGUGGCCUCCACGAACAAAACCCCCCUGCUGCUCCCCUUCGCCUCGCGUCCCGGAGAGGCCAACGCACUGUCCCCGUCCCCAGGCCCCGCCGCUGUGCUCACCGUGCCACCCCCGUUGCGCGCCCUGCGGCCCGAGGAGCCAAAGAACCAAACAGCGGCAAGCAGCGCCCGGCAAGGCCCCGCCGUAAAGACGAUGCCCAAGCCACCGCGUGUGUACGCGACCGUGCAGAACCUACCGCUGGACCAUGCCUCCAUGGUGCGUGUGGCCUACGAGGAGCCGGCACCACCCAGCCCCGUCCACAAGGGCCGAGGGCGCGGCCGGCCGCGCACCUCCAGCAUCUCGGCCCCCUCGGCCACUCACCCGCCGCUGCUAGAGGAGGACGAGGAGGACGAGCUGGACGAGAGGGAGCGUGAGCAGAGACUCCGGCUGCGGGAGCAGCUGGGCGCGUCCAGCCUGCUGCAGCUCGCCUCGGCGUCUACGCCCGACCUGGCUGUUCUUGCCGACGUGGCGCUCACCCUGGAGCCUGGCGACGGCGACUCGGAGGAGACGGAGACAUCGGACGAGGCGGAGGAGCACAAGCUGGAGGAGGACGACUUCCUGUUCUCCCCACGGGGCCGCGCGCCCGUCCCGUCCACCAUGCACCCCGAGGGCCUGCUGGCGCUCGCCGAGCACAACUACUUCCGGGCGCCCGUGGUGCCCCAACCCUCGACCCCCGCCUCCCACAGGAAGGGCUCCGCCGGCAAGACAGAACCGGCCUUACUCUUGCCCUCCGACCUCAACCACCACGCCAUCUCGAGCGUGUUGGAGGCGCCGGAGGAGGUCAUCGGGGAGGCCGCCAUCACCGACCCGUACGGGCCCCUGGGACUGCUGUGUGAGGCCGGAGACGUGGCUGAGGCGAAGGCGGCGGCUCUCACCCCGCCAGGACCAGGGGCCAAACGCAGAGGCCCGGCAGCGGCACGGGAGACUGAGCUGGAGGCCGUGGUGCUGGGGAAGACGAAGAAGAGGAGGAGGAAAGACUCAGCGGAACUGGAGCCAGUGUCGCCCAAGAAGCAGAAGGAAAAGGAGACCAAAAAGCAGAAGAAGUGGAAGCCGGAGGAUGUGGAGCCGGAGGUGGACGUGGACGUGGAGCAGCUGGAGUCGGGCGAGCUCUCGGACUCAGACGACCUGUCCGACUCGGACGAUGAGCUGUUUGGCCGGACCGCCGACGGCCAGCCCGAGGAGCUGCGCAAGAGCGAGCGGCUCUUCCUGCAGGAGGCGGGCCUGACCCCCCAGCGACGACCGAAGCAGCACCAGCUUGUCCCUUGCACGCCCUCGCCGCCCCCACCACUGCCACGCUCCUACGACCAGCGCAGCGAGUUCGAGCAGAUGACCAUCCUGUACGACAUCUGGAACUCGGGGCUGGACGGCGAGGACAUGCGACUGCUAAAGAGCACCUACGAGAAGCUCCUCCAGAACGACCAGAGCUCAGACUGGCUCAAUGACACACACUGGGUCCCCCACACUGUGACCAAUCUCCCGCACCCACGGCGCAAGAAGAAGGCGGUGGACGGACAAUUGAGGGAGCACGUGACCGGCUGUGCCCGAAGCGAGGGCUACUAUGCCAUCAGCCGCAAGGAGAAGGACGUCUACCUGGACCUGGACCUGCCCGAGUCCAUGCUGGAGAUGGACUACGACGUCACGGGUUCGAACCGCCUCCUCUCGGAGAGGCGCUCAGAGCAGCGGCGUCUCCUGAGUGCCAUCGGCACGCCGGCCGUCAUGGACUCAGACCUCCUCAAGCUCAAUCAGCUCAAGUUCCGGAAGAAGAAGUUGCGUUUUGGACGCAGUCGUAUCCACGAAUGGGGUCUGUUUGCCAUGGAGCCCAUUGCAGCGGACGAGAUGGUCAUAGAAUAUGUGGGCCAGAACAUCAGACAGAUGGUGGCUGAUAACCGCGAGAAGCGCUACGCUCAAGAGGGCAUCGGGAGCAGCUACCUGUUCAGAGUUGACCACGACACAAUCAUAGAUGCCACUAAGUGUGGAAACCUGGCUCGCUUCAUCAACCAUUGCUGCACGCCCAACUGUUACGCAAAGGUGAUCACCAUCGAGUCUCAGAAGAAGAUUGUGAUCUACUCCAAGCAGCCCAUCGGCGUCAAUGAAGAGAUCACCUACGACUACAAGUUCCCCAUUGAGGAGAACAAGAUCCCCUGUCUGUGCGGGACAGAAAACUGCCGUGGAACUCUCAACUGAGAGGCCUCGUGGCUAGACGGACCCCAGUGCUCACACACACACACACACACACACACACACACUCCUAUUCCUGCUGCCUGGUUAGCACUGCCUCGCAGCGUUCAGAUCCUUGGCCACCCCAGCUUCCAUAGUGACACCCGCUUCAACAACUGAAAAAAGAAGAAGGAAAGAAAGUACACAGUUUCUCAUUGACUCACAGUUUCUCAUAGACUCACAGUUUCUCAUUGACUCACAGUUUCUCAUAGACUCACAGUUUCUCAUAGACUCACAGUUUCUCAUUGACUACAGGCUACCUAGCAGCUGGUUGAACUCUGUGCCGGCUAUCUGACUUUCUUCACAAGCUAAGUCAAGACGGCCAACUCCAAAGCAAACCUACAUGCCUAUGACCCUCAUAGAGACUUCUAAUCUGCUGCUCACUGACUGGAAGUAGAACAUGGAAACACACACAGUCACCCCCCUGGCUUACUGACUGGAAGUAGAACAUGGGAACACACACAGUCACCCCCCUGGCUCACUGACGCUGUGCAGGUGCAGGCCUCUCACAUAGAUCACUUUGAGAGCGUCUCCGCAAGAGUGGGCCGUGAUCCAAAAGCCGUAUUUGUUCAACCCAAAUUUCAUCUGAAUUCCAGGUCCUGGAAUUUUCUCUUGCUGCAGUAUUGGAUGAGGUGUGUGCAAGUGUGUGUGUGCAAGUGUGUGUGUGUGUGUGUCUAUGAAUGAAUGAGAGAGAGAGAGUAAAUGUGAGUGAAAGUUUUUUCAGAUCCCAGUGUUCUUAUGCCCUGUUAGUUUUAGUUUAUUUUUUUUAAAUGUUUGACUGAGAGUCUGUUAGUUUAUGGACAGGUCUUGUCUGAAAAGAUGCCUCACAUCUCUCUCUCUCUCUCUCUCUCUCUCUCUCUCUCUCUCUCUCUCUCUCUCGCUCACAUGUUCUGCAGCUCUGUUGCCAGGACAAUGUUUAUACCAUUGGCAGACGUUUCAUUUAGUUUCUUUCCUUAAGUGCUUAUACCUUCAAGCGCACAGCUGUCAGUUGGCAGAAUCGUAUAUGGCCAUUUAAAGGGCAUAUUGAGCUGGCUGCAUUCAAAGAUGUCCGUUUUAAAGUUACAUUUUCAAAUGAUGCAAGACAUUGGAAGAGCUAGGUGGUUCAUGUUCAGAAUAAAGUUCGCAACAUUGUUCUUAGUUAAGGAUGAACUUUUCAGCAUUAGAAGUAUUAUGCCUAUACUACAAGACUUUUAAAGUUUGGUAUAAGCUGUGAGAACAGUGAAAGUGAUUGUGUGCCCAUCCUUGUUGCUUGUGAUUGGCAUGUUUCCGCUACACUGUAUGCAAAGUUUGAUUUCUUGGCUCUGUCAUUGAUUUUAUUUUUGCCUAUUUCUCAUGGUGGUUAGAAUUGCUUCAGUUCACAUGGAAUACCCAUAAUACUCAGUUCUCAACAUGUGAAAUACCAUUGUUGUGUUGUGCAAGAACAGACAAAGUGCAAACAAACUUUCACUUUCAGUGGAGAUAUACAAGGCAGCGAGAUGUGUGAUAAGUGCAGUAGACUUUAUUUUUCUUUUCUUUUGUCCUUUUCAAUGUUUAUUUUUACCAGAUUGGCAACCCUGUUAACAGAGAAUUGUUUUAUGGCCUUUUUAAACACUGGUGGUAUGUUAUUAGAAGAAAACCAAACUAAUUAUACAUUUUAAUGGACCAAGUCAGACCCCCAUUUUAUCCCCUAUUCCCAAUUGAAGUGUGUAUUUGUGUGUGUGUGUGUGUGUGUGUGUGUGUGAAUGGGUGGGUGUGCUUUGAGAGAAUGUUUGCAAGAGAUUACCUUUGUAAGGGAGGCAAGGUUUUGGUCUAUAAGAAUGACAUUUUAAAGACUUUUCCCUAAAGUUAGGGGGAUUGGUUGUUCAAAAUUUUGUGUUCACUAAAUGCGAUCCAGCUUGACCGGACUGAUCAUUCGGGCAGAAGGUUUAGUGCAACUGAUGUAAUGGAAAUCUCUGUGCUCAGGCCAAGUCACCAAGUGUGUCCAAAAUGGGUCGACUGUCAUUGACUUUAAUCUAAAUGUGUGUUACAGUUUUAUGUUAUUGUUUUUUUAUUAUCCAGUCAUGCGACCCUGUCAGCAUUCACUUACUCUGGCAAGAGGGAACCCUGUAAAAUAUUUGUAGGCUCUGCGGCAGCCUUUCAGUGCAAACUGACCCUCUGAGGUGAAAGUAAAAAAAAAAAAAGCAUAAAGUUCACGAAAAACGUGUAAAUAUUGUAGAAGUGUUUGUUUCUCGUAGAAACACACGGGUUCCAGUUUGUAAAUAUGUCCUUCCUUUUUUCCCUACUUUCCCUGAGAGAGAGCGAGAAAAAAAAUCUGUACAUACCUUUCACGUACCUUAUUUUUAUUGGGUUUUUUGUUUUUCUGUUGUUUUUUUCUCUCCUCCUAAUUUGAUUUAUUAUUUUAAUAUUAUUUGCAAUAUUGCUCUUGUAUUAAUGCGUUGGACCCUUUAUUAAUGGUGUAUUAAAAUAUUUUUU